GCGACAUCCAUCGCUGGCGGCGGUUAAAGCCGCGCCGAGACAUCCACGCAUCGCAUCCAAAGUCGCUAGAUGGCAGGCUCAACCUACAAUUCAGAUACAGAUACAGACUCAGGUUCAGAUUCAGAUUCGAAUUCGCAAUCAGUUUUGGCUUCUGAUACGUAUUGCGACGACCUCUGCGAUUUUGGCGACGGCGACGGCGGUGGUGCUUACGAUUGCUGUGCAAUGGCCAAAUCGAUGAUAACAGAACCACAAAAUCAACCGAUAACCACAAAAUCGACGACAGCGAGCAUAACUGUAAUACACACACGCAGAAGCACCACAACAAUCGCAUUUGUUCUGCUUUUAAUCCUCUGCUGUUUAUGUGAUUACAACUAUGGAAGCUGGGCAUCGCAAUGCUGGAAGAAGCACAAUUCCGGUUCGAUUUCAACGCCAGAUGGAGAAUUUAAGCGACCCUUCGGCAUACUCUGCACAUAUCGCUGCUUUCUCUGGUUUCCGCCAAUCUACCCGUACUGCGAAUUCAUAUUCGAUCUGCGCUUAUCGAGGCACUUCACAUCCUUUCCGGACUGCUACGACAUCCGGUGCAACGAGACCUUCUCCUUUUUCGGCAAGGAGCCCAACUUCAGCUGAACAUUCACCUGAAAUCGAGGGAAAAGCUUUUCCCCUUCACCUCCCCUGAACUCCAAUGGUUUUUUUUUGAGUACUAUCUGUGACUAAGAAUUGUAUGCUUCAAUAAAUAUGGGUUACUGCACAAAACAA